UAGUUUGAGUCACAUGAAUAUGUUGUUAUGGUUCUGCAUGUCAUUUGCCUUACUUGGUGAGCGUAUACGAGAUUAAAAUCAUAUUAUAUUACAUGUACUACCUUGGGACUAAAUAUCCGGUCAGUUUAGUGUACAAUGGCAUCUUGAAUUCAAAGCGCGAGGGCAAAAAUCACGACGACAUCCACUGUGUUGACACCGAGUGAGCAGUCUUCCUGUGUAACCCUACGCCAAUGACUGUGGCUGAGUAGCCAUGCUGCGCUGGAUACUUGGUGGACGAGACGCUCAGAGUGCCGUGGAGAAAAGCCCGGUGCUGUGCAUUGGAGAGGAACAACCCAAAAACUGGUUCACUGAGCUGCAGGUGCUGAAAGGACAUUUUGACAUUGUUCGAUUUCUGGUGCAGAUUGAUGACUUCAGAUGUGCCUCUGCAGGAGACGACGGUCUGGUUUUGGUGUGGAAUGUGGAGACUGGGGAGAAGCUGCAGGAGCUGAGGGGCCAUUCCCAGCAGAUUACAGCCAUAACCACCUUCACGUGUGUCAGUGGAGACACACAGCACACGUCUCUCAUCACCGCCUCGUCGGACCGGACCCUCAGUCUGUGGGACCCUGAUACAGGGAACAGGGUUCAGACCAUUUCAGAUCUCCAGUCGUCUGUAAAGUGUUUGCUGGUGCUGGAGCGGCUGUGUGUGUGGCUCUCUGGUGGGGAUGAGCUGUGUGUGUGGAACAAAGACUUUCAGCUGCAGUGCCAGCGGCAGAACCACAGCGACACCGGAAUCACAGCUUUGAUUGAGUUGCCUAAGAACUGUGUAGCUGCUGCCAUGGACAAAGAGAUAGUCAUCUACAGGCUGACAGUCUCUUCUGAUUCCUCGCUGUCAGUGGCUGAGAUCCGCUGUUUAUCUGACCAUCAGGACAACAUCCGCGCUCUCAUCAAUGUCAAUGAUGGGCUGUUUGCCAGCGGUUCUCACAUUGGCGAGUUGAUCCUAUGGGACGCGACAGAGUGGAACAUCCUGGCGUACGAGCACAUCCUGUGGGAGGAGUCCCAGGCCGACACUCAGGCUGAAAUACGAUUGGGCGCUCCCAAGCCCAGUGAGAUGUCCAUUCAGCAUUUGACCACAAAUGGAAAGCUCAUCUUGGCAGCUGUUGGCAGUGGCCUGUAUGUGUACAGCAUCUUGACCAAGACUGUGGUGGCUUACAGGAAGACUGCCCACGACUCCAACGUCCUACACACCAUGCUGCUCUCUGACAGUGAACUCAUGUCCUGCUCUGAAGACGGCAGCGUGAGGAUGUGGGAGAUGCAAGACCUGCCUUUACCUGCAGAGCCAGCCUCUCCAGGGUUUUUUGGGAUGUGGUCUUUUGGACGCUCCAGUAAACAGACCGGUCCUCCUUCGAAGAAGGUUAUGGAAAUGCCCAGUCUCAGGAUGCUGGAGUUGACAGGCGAUCUGAUCGGCCACUCCGGUGCAGUCCAGAUGUUCGUGAGCUUCGGGGCGAAGGGCUUGGUGACCUGCUCCACAGACCACCUGCUGAUUCUGUGGAAGAACGGCGAGAGGCAGUCCCACCUCCGCAGCCUGGCGCUCUUCCAAAAACUGGAGGAGAACGGAAGGCUCUGACCCUCAAAAAAGGAUGUGCAUGAGAAUGUUUGUUAAAAUUACUUUAAUUUAAUGAUUGUUGCUUGCAUUUUCACUGAAAAUAUUGACUAUCUGCAUUCAAAAGGCAGUACAAUAAUAAAUACCUGUUCUUAGAAACAAAAG